AGUGCCUGGUGUGUUUCUCGCUCCCUGUCAAUAAUCCCGGAUCCCAGACUUCUCCGUUCCUCCGGAUUUCGAUCCCCCUUUUUCUAUCUGUCAAUCAGCGCCGCCUUUGAACUGAAAAGCUCUCAGUCCAACUUCAACUCACUCAAACCCGAGCGGCACAGGCUCCCCAUAUCCGCGGCGACUGCCCCCCCGUCACAGCUGACUUCUGGGCUUGGUUUGUUGCAUUAUUUUUUUUUUUUUUAACCCCCCUCCCCCCCGCUGCUCCCCCCUCCCCACGGUUUAUAUAUUUUUUAUUAUUAUUAAUUUUUCCGCGAGUGCGUGCGCGGGUGUGCGUGUGCGCGCAGUGCACGCCGAGCAGCUCCCGGGAAGAAAGAAAGAGAAAAUCCCGAAGAAGGAAAGGAAGAAGCCUAAAAUCACUGGUGCAAAGGAGCAAAGAAGAGACAUUUCCCUCCCCUCCUCCUCCCUCUUUUCCCCUCCCCAGGAGGAAAGAGAAGGGGAAAAAAGAGAAACUUUCACCUUGGACUCUUCUUUUUUUGGUGCAAACUUUCCCCCCCCCCCUCUUCUUUUUCCUUUUCCCCCCCAUUCCCCUCCUUUUUUUUUUUUUCUUUUGUUUUUCCCCUUCCCCUUUUUGCAAAAUUGCUGCUGGUGGGGUGAAGCAGGAGGAAAAUGCCGCAGCUGAACGGCGGUGGAGGGGACGACCUGGGCGCCAACGAUGAACUGAUCUCUUUCAAAGACGAAGGGGAGCAGGAGGAGAAGAUCUCCGAGAACUCCUCGGCGGAGAGGGAUUUAGCUGAUGUCAAGUCGUCUCUCGUCAAUGAAUCAGAAACGAAUCAAAACAGCUCCUCAGACUCGGAGGCGGAGCGGCGGCCCCCGCCUCGGUCGGAAACUUUCAGAGAUAAAUCCCGGGAAAGUUUAGAGGAAGCUGCGAAGAGGCAAGAUGGAGGGUUGUUUAAGGGCCCACCAUACCCGGGUUAUCCCUUUAUAAUGAUCCCCGACCUCAGCAGCCCGUAUCUACCCAAUGGAUCGCUCUCUCCGACGGCGAGAACGUAUCUGCAGAUGAAAUGGCCACUGCUUGAUGUUCAGGCAGGGAGCCUUCAGAGUAGACAAGCCCUCAAGGAUGCUAGGUCUCCAUCUCCAGCACACAUUGUUUCUAACAAAGUGCCAGUUGUGCAGCACCCACACCAUGUACACCCUCUUACGCCGCUUAUCACAUACAGCAAUGAGCACUUCACACCAGGAAACCCUCCUCCACACUUACCAGCUGACGUAGACCCCAAAACAGGAAUUCCAAGGCCUCCACAUCCUCCAGAUAUAUCUCCUUAUUAUCCAUUAUCACCAGGCACUGUAGGACAAAUCCCCCAUCCGCUAGGAUGGUUAGUACCACAGCAAGGUCAGCCAGUGUACCCAAUCACGACAGGGGGUUUCCGCCACCCCUACCCAACAGCUCUGACCGUCAAUGCUUCCAUGUCAAGCUUUCUCUCCUCUAGGUUCCCUCCACACAUGGUCCCGCCACACCAUAGUUUACACACAACUGGAAUUCCUCAUCCGGCCAUAGUCACACCAACAGUCAAACAGGAAUCUUCCCAGAGCGACGUCGGCUCACUCCACAGCUCAAAACAUCAGGACUCCAAAAAAGAAGAAGAGAAAAAGAAGCCACACAUAAAGAAACCUCUUAAUGCAUUUAUGUUGUAUAUGAAGGAAAUGAGAGCAAAAGUUGUAGCAGAAUGCACAUUGAAAGAGAGCGCAGCCAUCAACCAAAUCCUCGGUCGAAGGUGGCACGCGUUAUCCAGAGAAGAGCAAGCGAAAUACUAUGAACUAGCAAGAAAGGAGCGACAGCUUCACAUGCAGCUGUACCCGGGCUGGUCUGCACGGGAUAACUAUGGAAAGAAGAAGAAGAGGAAAAGGGAUAAGCAGCCAGGAGAGACCAACGAACACAGCGAAUGUUUCCUAAAUCCUUGCCUUUCACUUCCUCCGAUUACAGACCUGAGCGCUCCUAAGAAAUGCCGAGCGCGCUUUGGCCUUGAUCAACAGAAUAACUGGUGCGGCCCCUGCAGGAGAAAAAAAAAGUGCGUUCGCUACAUACAAGGUGAAGGCAGCUGCGUCAGCCCACCCUCUUCAGAUGGAAGCUUACUAGACUCUCCUCCGUCCUCCCCCGCCAUGCUCGCCUCCCCCUCCAGAGACUCGAAACCACAGACUGAACAAACGCAACCCCUCUCGCUCUCAUUGAAGCCCGACCCGCUGGCGCACCUGGUGAUGAUGCCGCCGCCAUCCUCGCUCGUGCUCGCUGAGAGCGCCGCGAGCAAGCCCGGCGCCCUGCCCGCCGCCAGCUGCCCCAACGGGGCCCUGGACCACCCGCCGGCCGCCCUCCCGCCGGCCGCCGCCGCAUCCCUCGCACAGCCCUCGACGUCCUCCUUGCAUUCCCACAGCUCGCUGGCGGGGACACAGCCCCAGCCGCUCUCCCUUGUAACGAAGUCCUUAGAAUAGCUUUAGCCUCGUUAGCCCUUUCGGUUUCCUUUCGGGGGGAUUGAAUUCUGUUGGUAUUUGGGGUUUUGGUUUUUUUUUUUUUUUUUCCUUUUCUUAUUUUUUUUUUCUUCUCCUUGUUGUCGUCCGCUGUUUGUCGUCGUUUCUCAGUUUCAUUUUUAAUUUGUGCCAUGUGGCUACAUUAGUUGAUGUUUUAUCGAGUUCAUUGGUCAAUAUUUGACCCAUUCUUAUUUCAAUUUCUCCUUUUUAAAUAUGUAGAUGAGAAAAGCCUCAUGAUUCUGCCAAAAUUUUUAUCAACAGCUGUUUAAAGUCUUUGUAGCGUUUAAAAAAUAUAUAUAUAUACAUAAUUGUUAUGUAGUUCCAAUAGCUUAGUUUUAAAGACUGAUUUUAAAAAUUAAAAAAAAAAAGAAGCAAUUUUGAAGCAGCCCUUGCCAGAGGCAUUGGUUCUUUAUUAUUUGUAUUAAAUACGAGCUUGCGAACCAAUCAUUUUACAUCUGGUUUUUAAACCUUUAAGGGCACAACGAAUGCGGUGCCGCUACUACUUCUUUUUUUUUUCUUCCUUGUGUGAAACAACCUUUAUUGUGAUGUUACUUGUUAUUGUUUAAAUGUACAGAAACAAAGGGUUAAAAAAUGUGUUAAUAUACCUUGUUCCAUGGUGUUGUUCUUUUUGGGGGAGGGGACGCUACUCAACAAUUAAAAGUAUCACAACGCUAUUGGACCAGUAGUAUUUAUUGCUUUAGAAAUUGCUUGUUGUAUCUGUAUGUUGUCCCUUUUUAAAUGUUUUUUUCUUCUUUUAUUUUUCCUUGAAACAUUGUAUAAAGGGUUUUUUUUUUUCCUUUAGUGUAAGCAUCUUAUAUAUAACAACUCAUUUGUACAAGGUUUUUAAGUUUAUAUAUAAAUGUGUAUAUAUAUAUUUUUUCUGGGAUUUUGGUUUUGAUUUGUUUUUGUGAUUUUUUUUUUUUUUUUUUUUUUUUUUUUUUUGCUAUAUGAAAUACGGUUGCCACCAAAUGGACAUUCGCAGAUGCAUUUUUUCAAGGAUCAAUAGUGUAAAGAAUAAAAUUGCUUUAAAAGCCAUUACACUCGAAAAGACUUGAAAAUUUAGCAAGGGAAUUUUUAGCAAUGCUGUUUGAAAAAUAGCAAGGUCCAAGUGUCUCCUGUUCAGAACUGCAGCUGAAUCCCCUGCGACAUUAGGACUGUAGGCUGUGUGCAAAAUUUUUAUGUGCCAAAAUUCUCAGUGACUUUUAACUUUCUCCCGACAACUUUAUUAUUUUUUUUAAUGCUGUAAUUUUUUUGUUCAUCAUGUUUUGCUGUGAUGUUACAUAGGUAGAUAUGUAUGUAGUUUUAAUGUCACCUAUAACAGACGUGUUUGGUAGCAGAUUGUCCGGAAAGCAUUUAAAAUGAAGAGGUAUAAACCCUUAAGGGCCAAAUUCUGUAUAUUAGAUUAUUCAUAAAAGGAAAAUCAGACUGCCACUUUUAUGUACACUUACUACAUACAGGUAGGUAGCAAACUUAAAACAAAAAAAAAAACCUAGGCAUGUUGAUGUUGCAAAAAACGCUGUAUAAAGCUGAAAAAUUGUUCAUCUGUUCAUUCAGUGCCAUUGUAGUUGACAUGAAGCGAUUGUAAAACUGUCUCAGAUUUUUCUCUGGUUUAUUAAGAUGCUAACUAUAACAUUUUUUGUGAAUACUUUGAAUGUUUCCUAACAGUUGUGAUGUUACUGUUCCGUUUUAUGCUCUUAUUCCGAUUUUCAUUUUUAAUGGUUUGGAAGCCAUUUUUUGUAAUGAAUAAAUGUUCAUGCUGUACAGUAUCUGUAGCAUGCAGUUCUGGAUUAAUAAAAGCAACUUAGUAUGUGCAGAGAA